AUGGCCACUGCCGGAGCCUUCCACGCCGGCGGUCGCCUCCUCCUCCCGCUCCGACACAGCCCCCGCGGGCCCAGCCCCUCACCAUGGUCCCACUUCCGCACCCACCUCAUCUCCUCCAAGCCGCCGCCCUCCGUCCCUCUCCCGCCGCCCGUGCCGCCGGCGCGCCCGUCCCCCGUGGGGUCCGCGUCCGCAUUUGGGUCUCCUAGCAGAAAGGCCGGCGCGGUCGGGGCCGGGGCUGGCGCGGGUGUCGUCGGGUGGUACCUUGGCCUGCUGGACGCGCGGCCCGCGCUGACCAAGAGCGUCACCGCCGCUGCCAUCUUCACCGCCGCGGACCUCUCCUCCCAGAUGCUCACGCUUGGUCCUGAGGAUUCACUCGAUUUUCUUAGGACCAUGCGUAUGGCUAGUUAUGGGUUUCUGAUCUCAGGACCUACCCUCCACCUUUGGUUCAAUUUUAUCUCAAAAUUGUUUCCCAAAAAGGAUGUGGUGAACACAUUGAAGAAGAUGUUUCUAGGGCAAGCAGUCUAUGGACCAAUUAUUAACUCAGUGUUCUUCUCGUAUAAUGCAGGAUUACAAGGUGAGACUGUUCCUGAGAUCAUUGCAAGAUUGAAGAGGGAUCUAGUUCCCACCAUCAAAAGUGGGCUUUUAUAUUGGCCAACUUGUGAUUUCAUUACUUUCAAGUUUGUUCCAGUUCAUUUACAGCCGCUAGUGAGCAAUUCAUUCUCAUUUCUUUGGACCAUCUACAUAACAUAUAUGGCCAGCUUAAAGAAAGCAGAUGUGGAGGUGGCCACGAGUACCUAG